AUGUACUAUCACGAUCAAUAUACACGGAUAAUAUUUCGGCGGAGAGUGGUGUGUCUCCUGCUGGUGGCGCUGGUGUCAUCGGUGGUGGCCGAGGAGACGCCUCCGGGGCUGGUGAACAAGGACAGCGACCAGGAUCUGGUGGCGGAGGCUACUCAUUCAGGGGGCACAGCUCAGAAACGAGAAGCUGGUCUCUCCAAUUCGUACGGCGAACCCCUCCCGCCCGAUGCAUACGGACCCCCGAGGGAUCUAUCUAAUACUAUUUCAGAUCUCCAGCAUUCUGCGCCUGCGCCGGUCUACGGAGUCCCAGACCUCCCUCUACUGAACCCUCCUCCCGGUGCCUACGGGCCCCCAGCUCCCGUAACUUUCCCCAACCCCAGCCAGACCUACCACGGCCCCCCACCGCCGCCAUCCAGACCGAAACCCGUCUACGGACCUCCGAAACCAGUAUACGGACCUCCGAAACCGGUAUACGGGCCCCCGAAACCCACCUACGGGCCUCCAAAGAAGAUCUAUGGACCGCCGAAGCAAAGUCUGCCGAAACCAACGUAUGGAGUCCCCUUCAAGCCGCCAAAGAUUACCUUAAACAAGCCAGGGUUUGGUCAUCCUAAACCCGUUUAUGGACCCCCGAAACCAGUCUACGGACCCCCAAAGAUAACCUACGGGACCCCGUUAGGAAAUAGCCCGCUGUCACUACCGGAAUUACCUCAAAUUCCUUUGCCUCCUGUAGACAAUAACAUCGAUUUAGGUUUGAACUUACCAGCUCCAAUUUACGGUACACCUCUAGUUUCUCUACCUGGGGAUUUAAAACCAAACUUCCCCAUCCCUAGUGAUAGCUACGGGCCCCCCGGCCACGACUUAGGCCCAAUCGGACCAAACGACCAACUCGUCUUACAAAACAUCGGGAGUGUAGGCCAUUAUGGUCCUCCACAACCAGACCCAAACCCACAGCCACCCCACCCGGGAAUACCAGCCCCACCAACACCACCCCACGUACUCUACGACGGCUGGAAACCAAUCCCAGGUGUGUCAAAACCAAUCCAUCAAAGUAGCGACCAAUAUGGACCUCCUAUUAACGUGCAAGACAUUCAAAUAAACCUGGACCAAAUUAACUUAGACCAGCCAUUACCAGCUGUGGAAACCCACCACCAGUUCUCGAACAACCAGUUCUCAUCUGGUAGCAACCACUUCCCGACCGGCAACCACCAGUUCACUUCCGAAUCCCAUCAGAUUUCGACCGGCAACCAUCAAUUUUCGUCUGACAACCAUCAAAUUUCAUCUGGCAACCAGUUUUCUGGACAGAUUUCCUCUGGUUACGCCAACGUGCAUCAUGAUGCUUUAGCUAAUAUUGAUCUGAACGCUAUUGUAGGUGGAGAUUCUAACCAUAUUGAUCAAUCUAAAACUGUUUUCGAGGCCCAUUAUACGGACAACCAUGCUAGCGGUUUAUCUGGUAGCUCUCAUGUUGAAAAGCCAUUUGAUACUUACGGAGCACCUCCGUUAGAGUCACUAUCCAAUGGUCCCUACCCACCCUCCCUAAGACAGCAAGGAGCUAAAGGUUUAAUCGCGCCAUCGGGAGUCUAUGGGGUCCCACUAGGUGGUCAAUAUGGGGUCCCCCCACGCCACAGUCACAACUUACCCCUACCGUACGGGUAUCACUCCGGUGGGGGUCAUUCUGGGGGCAACAGUCCAAGGCAACCUAUCAAAUUCAGGGAAUCAGUGCCAGAAGGUCUGUUUGACCAUAUAGCGCACACAACACACCAUAAAGACGCCCAUGGUAUUGACCAUGUUCAUCACAACGAGCCUUCGUACUUACCACCACCUAUAAGAGAAGUUAAAGAUAUAAAUUCGUUUACGGGCAACGCCGGACAGAACAGUGUAUCUUUAUCCAUCGAACCGACAAACCUCUACAGUUUACCCCACUCUGGUAGCCCCAUCUCUUUCCAACAACCGUCCAACUUAUACGGGUCUCCCAUCGACUCAUACUCUGUCCCGCUCUUGACAGUCGGCGUUGGAGACCACGUGACGUCUGGAUCUAAUACCAAUUCUGUGACUUCAACUUUAGACGGGACUGUCUUAGCUAACCUGUCAAGUUUAGACGCAGCGGCCAUUUUGAAACAUUGCCCGUAUCAUGAAGCGAUAUUGAGAGCAGCUAAAAAUGGAGAGAAAAUUCCCGCUGACUUAGCGGCUAGCUACGCUAAUAGCCUAUCAAGUUUGGGUACGGCUUUAAACAAAUCUUCAAAUAAAAUAACGAUCCCUGAUUCUUUCACGAAAGACCUAAUAGCGUCGCACUCGACAAUCCACAAUAACAUUAAAAGGGAAAAAGGAGAAAUACAGAAAGGAAAAUCGUUAAAAGAUAAGGCUAGAGAUGAGAGAUUACAAUUCGUUAGCGAUCAGAUUCAGAAAACAUCCGAAAGGAUCAGGGAUUUGAAUGAGGAAGCGAAACAACUUCAGCAAAAAAUCGCGUCGACAUCUCAAAAAGUUGCCGAAUCUUCGACUACCAAAGUAGGAUCAUAUUCGGUUCAAAUUCAACCGUCAAAUAAUCAAAAUGGAAAAUCAGUGUCUCACGAACAGCUUUUAUCUGAAGGCUUACUUCAAAGUAUUUUACAAGCGAUCGAAGAUCCGAAAAAGACUGGACAGAAUCAACAGCAACAACAACAGAAUUAUUUCCAACAGAAUUCAAACCAACAACAAUUGAACCAACAAUCUUUCAACCAACAAUCUCUGAACCAACAGUCUUUGAACCAACAAAUAUUAACACAACAGCUACCGAACGUCAACUAUCAAAACUUCGCGUCAAAUCUAGACUCUUUCAACGACGGUUUAGUCCUCCCCGCUGGUUACGAACCGAUAGAUCACACGAAAGAUCAAGAAACGCAAGGAUCGAAGAAGACUGAGGUCAAAGAGGUCAGCAAUUGUGACCUUAAAGGUGAAGGGUCGGUGAAAAAUGAGGUUGUAGUUGCUCCACCGAAGGACAACUCUAUAGAUAGCGAUGUUGCAAUAUAUUUCGGUGAAAAAAAUGAACCGGUUACGGAAAUAUCCGUUGCUACCAGUAUAAGUGAAGAUACUUAUAGUAAAAAAUCGUAAUUGUUGUAAUCUAGUCUGUUCACGAGCGUUUGUAUGUUUAACUGUGCGUUAAAAGUUAAUUUUGGUCUGGUGGUUAGUUGAUAUAAAGUUAUUUUUAACUUUAAUUGAUGAUAAAAUAACCUCACUUUUUUGUGACUUUAACCGAUGAAUUUAAAAUCAAUGUGUUAAAAUAAUAUUGAUAAGGAAGCGGAAUCGGUCGAUUUAAAUUUGUGAAAUCGAUUGAUUGUAAAGUCGAUGACAAAUGCUCGUUCUGCCAUUAAGUACGAUUUUAUUUAGUUUUUAGUAAGAAAUUCAUAUAAAUAUUGAAUUAACAAUAUUUAUUCGAGUUUCUAAUUUAU